GAUACACCAAAUCUUCCACUUUCCAACAACAUCCAAAAUCCAUCAUGCCUGCCGGACGUACCGCCAAGACUCACCACUGCCCUGAUUUGAAGAGAAUGCCGGGUAACUGUCGCAUGGAGGGAAAAGCACCAAACAUGGGACUCAUAUACUGCCUCACUCACCAAUGCUAUUGCCCCACUUGCGCUACUAGUCCACUCAAGAAGGACUAUUCAUUCCUUCGCGCUUCCGACUCCUGUCCCAACAAAUGUGGAUAUAAACACCCAGAUCACAAGGACAAUGUUAAAGCCCGUGAAGUUGCUGAGAAGAAGGCAAAGGAAGCUGCCGCAAAGUCAAAGGCCGAGAAUUGCAAGGCCAAGGUUGCGGCUCAGCAAGCUGCGGCUACCCGAAAAAAAUGACACGUAGGGGGCAUAGUCUGGCAUAGUGGCAGCGAUCAUCUUACCCAUAUUUAUGAAGACCAUCGAGGUUGGGAUCCUGAGAAUUUGUUGUUGAUUA